UUAAACUCAAUUUGUAAUGUAUUGUACAACGAAACCAAAAGCCGCAAUCACAUAUCAGUAGUACACAAGCCCUUGAAAGUGGAACUGAGCUUGCUCUGAAGUUAAUCGACGUUACACUGUUACUCAACACAACACAACCAAUAUCUUCGGCAGCAGCAACGGAACUCGUUUGAAUUUCAACGCGGGAACGCAAAUUCAUUUCUCUCAUUUCUCUCAUUUCUCAACCCCCCUUUCUUUUUCUUCCAAGAUCCAAGUUCCCACUUCCUCAAAAACGCUAUGGUGUUCUUCAUCUUCCUCUAGGGUUUUCUUUUCUCAAAUUUCCCAAUUCUUUCCAUUAAUGGACUCCGCGUUUUCAAUAACACCUCAAUGGCUAUCAUAACAACCAUCACCGGCAAACGCCCCCACCGGUGGCUUAAUCACAACCGUUCAUCUCCGAAUUCUUCAGAAUUCAAAAGACAGAAAGUAUCAACCAUGUCUCACAACAAGCCACCACCAUUACCCACCGCCACAACCAAUCCCACUGUUUCCAGAAUUUCUCGUUACCCUGAAACCAAACCACCUCUGCUUAGAGAAGUUCACGCGCCCUGCAGCAGACCGCGCAAAUUCGAUUUAUCAAACAAUCCCAAACUAGAAUCGUCGAACUUGGUGGUUAGUGGUAUCAGCCACUCCUUAUUUGAAAAUUACCACCGUGCGAAAUGUUCUGCAAUGGCCACCAUUCCGUUGCAGAUAAAGGGAAAAGAAAAGGAUAAUCAUAAGGAAGUUGUUUCGGAAGAUUCAAAUGUUGAAGAUGUACUGCCUGUCGAGAAUGAUUUGGUUUGUUUGGAUACUGAGGCGGUGAACGGUGGCGUUCAGAAACAGUCAACUUCAUCUGUGGUUUCUGAGUUGAGUAAUGAUAAAUUGAAUGUGGUUGAUGAUGCUGCGAAGAUUUUGGAUACUUUGUCUUUAGAGCCGGAGAAGGAUGUUUCGAGUGUUCGUGCUUACAAGAAGUUGCUUCAGGCGGUUGAUAAGCGAACAGAUACGAUUGGUAGGUUGAAAUUUGAAAUUCAGCUAAAUGAGAAGCGCAGAUCCGCAUUUGAUUUGUUGCGUCCAAAGAAAGGACUAGUAGAGGAAGUGCCACUGGAACCUUUUGUUCCUCUUACAAAAGAGGAAAAAGCUGAGGUUGCACGAGCCUUUUCUGCCAAUAGGAAGAAGAUCUUGGUUGCUCAUGAGAAUUCCAAUAUUGAAAUAUCGGGCGAAAAGUUUCAGUGUCUUAGGCCAAGUGGAUGGUUAAACGAUGAGGUGAUCAAUUUGUACCUUGAGUUAUUGAAAGAGAGGGAGAGAAGAGAGCCACAGAAGUUUCUGAAUUGUCAUUUUUUCAAUACCUUUUUCUAUAAGAAGUUAAUAAGUGGCAAAAAUUGUUAUGAUUACAAAUCUGUGAAGAGAUGGACUACUCAGAAGAAAUUGGGAUAUGGUCUACAUGAAUGUGAUAAAAUAUUUGUACCUAUUCACCAGAAUAUCCAUUGGUGCUUAGGUGUUAUCAAUAAGAAGGAAAAGAAGUUUCAGUAUCUUGAUUCACUGAAAGGAAUUGAUACUCAAGUGCUGGAAGUGCUGGCAAGAUAUUUUGUAGAUGAAGUAAAGGACAAGACUGGAGAAGAUAUUGACAUAAGUAAUUGGGAAAAAGAAUUUGUUGAAGAGCUUCCUGAACAGAAGAAUGGGUCUGAUUGCGGGGUAUUUAUGGUCAAGUAUGCUGACUUUUAUAGCAGAAACUUGAGGCUGUGUUUCAAUCAGGAACAUAUGCCUUAUUUCAGGCUUAAAACAGCUAAGGAAAUUUUGAAAUUGAAAGCUGAAUAAGCAAGAGAAGAACACGAGAAAUUUGGGAAAGAAAACAUUAAUGUCAAAUUAGGAGAGGGAAUUUUUUGAUUGAGGAUCCUUCACCUAUGUCACUAACUUGACAAUAACCAUUCAAGAGUUCUGGCAUUUAUUAUAUUGACUGGACUGAUUAUACAUAUCAUCUUGAUACACAGGUACAACAAGUUGGUUGGUAGUGUUGAAUGCAGUAGAUUCAUAGAUUGUACAUGUUCCACAAAAGUGAAUUCAUAGAUGAGGCAUUUCAUUAUGAGAUUAAGAUGUUAAUCUAUUGUGUAACUUUAAGG